AUUUAUCCUAGUGAUGCCAAUUUUGUUUAUAUAUCCGAGUAGUUUUCUAACUGUGUCUGUUUACGUGUCGCGUUUUUCAUUUAACUGUGUCGCAAGUCGGGCUACCUGUCGGCUAUCAACACCAAUUAGCGUCGACUUAGUCCCAAGGAAAGUUUAAUUUUUUAAUGAAAAAUCCUACACCACGCGUCACUUUCGUAGCGACUUCAUGUCAGAAAGUUCUAAUUCAUGUCGAUUUGCAGCCAGGAUGAAGCAAAUGACGAUGAUCUCAAGAAUGAAGACUUAAUGCACAGACUUGCUGGUCCGUCUGUAAUGAAACCAGGUCAGGAAGAGGUGGAUCAGCAAAAGAUUAAUCAAGUUAUUUACGAGGCCUCUAAAGGCAGCAAGUUUUUUGAAAAUGAACAGAAGAAGGCACGUUAUUGGCAGGAAAAGAAUAAGGAAAUGAAAUUGAAAUUAGAAGAACUGGAAUUGGGCCUCGAAAAUAAUCCUGAAAAGGCAGCGAAAUGGUCCGAGGAUAUGCACAAAAUCGAUCAACUUAUUAAUAGCAUGGAGGCUCAACGAGACCUUUCAAGAAUCAUAGUCCACGUUGAUUGCGAUGCAUUUUACGCAUCUGUAGAGGAAUUGGAAAAACCAGCAUACAAAACGAAACCAAUGGCUGUGGGACAAGGCGUUUUAUGUACUGCGAAUUACUGUGCACGCAAGUUUGGUGUCCGUUCAGCAAUGCCAGAAUUCAUUGCGCGUCAAUUAUGUCCAAAUCUAAUAGUCCUGCCUCUACGCAUGAUGAAGUAUCAGGAAAAGUCAGCCGAGAUUGCAAAAAUUCUUCAGGAAUAUGAUCCAAACAUGUGUAAGGCAAGCGUUGACGAGGCUUAUCUUGAUCUCACAGAUUACUUGACAAAGCACAAUGAAGAAGAAACCGUGGAAGCUGUUGUUGAGCAUUUGCGGCAGACAGUGGCCGAAAAAACUGGUAUCACUGUUAGCUGCGGCAUCGGUGCCAAUCUUAUGCUUGCAAAGAUUGCUAGUAACAUGAGAAAACCAAACGACCAAUUCUCUAUUGGUCGCACGCGUGAAGCAAUCCUAGAAUUCAUGGACACAUUACCCUGUAGAAAGGUGAAUGGAAUUGGUCGGGUUCUCGAACAAGAAUUAUCUUCUUUGAAUGUUCACAACUGUGGUGAUAUCCUCCGUCGAAAAGGUUAUCUUUACUAUGUUUUUCAGGAAAAGUCAUUUCAGAAUCUUCUUUCCUACGCUCUUGGUAUAUCAAACAAUGUUGUGAAACCUACCGAUGCUUCAAACCGAAAAAGUAUCGGUAACGAAAUGACUUUUUCAAUACCUAUGGGAAGUGAAAAAACCAUUUCACAAAAGCUAAAGCAGUUAUGUUUCUCCGUUUCUGAAACGAUGAAACAAAGAAAUCUCGUUGGCAACUCUGUUGUGUUAAAGCUCAAAACAACCUCGUUUGAAGUCCGGACUCGUCAGACCAACUUGAACACAUAUACUAAUGAGUCUGAUAUUAUUUACAAGUAUGUGCUUCAAUUACUGAGUUACGAGCUUCCUGUCCAGGUGCGGUUGUUAGGGGUACGCAUGACAAAGCUGCAAGACGCAAGCAUCUACGAAGAAUCAAAAUUGUCAUUUACCAAAGAGAACGGCGUUCAGUGUCCCAUAUGUUCGCGUUACCUAAUAAACGACGCUUGUUCUGUGGAUAAGCACAUUGAGGAGUGUCUCAGUGUUACUUAUAUCAAAGAGUGCUUACAAACAAAGACGUCCGUUAAGAAAAGGAGUAAGCGACGGAUUGAUGAGUAUUUUCGAUGA